AUGAUAAUAACGAAAAGUACGGUGACGGCGGUGGCGGCGACAACAACGACGACGACGACGACGACGACAACAGUACGGUGGCCGCUUCUCCAGAAUCGAGAGACGCUUGAUCGAAUUUAUCACAACAUCGGUGGAAAACGGCGAUCAACGACGGAUCUACAUAGCGACGCUGUCUCGGCGAUGUUGUCUCGCAAUUGCGGCCGUCGCGUGGUACAUGGGAACGACAACAGCAACAUCAUUGAACCGCAGUGGAUCAGCGAUAGCUACACGGAAAUCGUAUCUGUGCUGCCAUACUACUAUUAUUGCCAGCGUCUCGCUAUUAUUAGCAUCGUAGUCUCAUUACUUGCCGACGACGACGUUCGUGGAGACGAUUUGAUAUCAGAACGACUUUUGGAGCACCGGGACAACGCGGGCACGAACUACAGCACGGCAACUAGUAGCGAUGAUCUUCGUCUUCUCAAUCGCUGGAACGGACUUCUACGUUGCGCGAGCCUUGCUAUUUUUAACCGUAAUCGACGAUACGCGCGACGGAGGGAAUGUAAUCGAUGA